UCUUAGCUUGAAAUCCUUCUACCUUUCACUUUGUAUAUCUCUCUUUUUAGAAAUGAAGACUAUGAAUAUAAAUACUAUUACAUUUAUCAUUGUCAUUGUUUUAUCUGUUUGGUAUUCUAAUUUUGAAAGAUGUAGUGCCACAAGAGGUUGGAGGACACUCAAAGCUUCAUCUUCUACUUUUAAUGUAUUAGAUUUCGGAGCUAAAGGGGAUGGACAUACCGACGACACAAAGGCUUUUGAGGAUGCAUGGGCAGCUGCUUGUAAGAUAGAGGCCUCGACAAUGGUUGUUCCAUCUGGUUCUGUUUUUCUACUCAAACCAAUUUCAUUCUCAGGCUCUAAUUGUGAACUAAACAUUGUUUUUCAGCUAGAUGGAAAAAUAAUUGCUCCUACAAGUGCUUCAGCUUGGGGGUCAGGUACCCUACAAUGGCUUGAGUUUACUAAAUUGAACAAGAUUACAAUCAAAGGUAAAGGUGUCAUUGAUGGUCAAGGCUCUGUUUGGUGGGAUAAUACUGGAAAACUGCCAAAAACAAAACCAACCGCACUAAGGUUUUAUGGAAGUAAUGGUGUAACAGUGACAGGUGUAACCAUUCAGAAUAGUCAACAGACCCAUCUAAAAUUUGAUACAUGCACAAAUGUUCAAGUCUUUGAUAUAACAAUUUCAUCACCUGGUGAUAGUCCUAACACAGAUGGAAUUCACCUACAAAAUUCCCAAGAUGUUGUAAUUUAUAGUAGCACACUUGGUUGUGGUGAUGAUUGUGUUUCUGUUCAAACUGGAUGUUCCAACAUAUUGGUGCACAAUGUGAAUUGUGGACCUGGUCAUGGAAUUAGUAUUGGAAGUCUUGGAAAAAUGAAUACCAAAGCUUGUGUUUCAAAUGUCACAGUUCGUGAUACUACUCUUCAUAACACUUUGACUGGUGUCAGAAUCAAAACAUGGCAGGGAGGCUCUGGCUCAGUAAACAAUAUAAUGUUCUCAAACAUUCAAGUUUCUGAUGUUGAAACUCCAAUUACAAUUGAUCAAUAUUAUUGUGAUGGUGGAAAGUGUCAUAAUGAAACUUCAGCUGUGGCAAUUUCAGGCAUACAUUAUGUAAAUGUAAAAGGAACAUACAUUAAAGAUCCUAUUUAUUUUGCAUGUAGUGAUAGUUUACCUUGUGUUGGUAUAACCCUUGAUACCAUAAAGCUUGAACCAAGCCAAAGUUCCAAUGUUCCUUUUUGUUGGGAAGCAUAUGGUGAGUUGAAGACUCAAACAGAACCUCCUGUUGAUUGUCUCCAAAAAGGAAGUUCAUCAAGUGCUGGAAUCAUGUCUAGCAAACAAAGUUCUUGCUAAACUUAAAUAUCGUUGGUAAUAUUGUAUAUUCAGGUUGAAUGCAGUCACAUAAUUCAGAACGUUGAAUUGAAAUCAAACGAUUUAUAUUUUAAUAUAAAUUUUAAUUUUUUUAAUAAAAUUAAACUUAAAAUUUGAACUAUUUGAUUUCAAUUUAACGAUCACUGAUCACUGGUGUAUUGAUUGUGUGGAUCUGUGUAAUAAAUAAGGAAUCAAAAUUCAUAGUAUAUAUUAUAUAUUAUUAUAUAUAGAAAGUUGUUAUCAUGAUUUUGAAAUUAGUGUUUGAGGCAUUACAUAUUAUACAUAUAUCGUGUAAUUGAUUUGUAAACUAGUUUUGUUUAUAGGGAAUUGUGUGGGCCAAAAUGAAAAGUAUGUAUUAAUUUAUUCCUUUUACUUGACAUUUUAAUGUUUAAUUAUAUAAGACAAGGUUUCUUUUA